AUGGUAUUGAAAUUAGCGAGUGGAAAUUAUACUGUACAAAUAGGUCGCGCGUAUAACGCAACAUGGGUGGCUGAUGCUAUUGACGAGAAUGGCAAUCCAGUUGAACUUAACAUAGAAGGUGAUCCAAAAAAAAACUUAACCCCUGUCAUUCAAUUUACGGAAGGUUCCAUACCACCAAAAUCGAGACAAUUAAUGGGCAAACAAGAAAAAUAUGUUCUUGGGACCUUCCGUAAAUUCAAUGCUGUUUCAUGA